CAUGGGCUGAUCCCGGAUCGAUGGGGAGAUUUCGAAUUUUCUCCAAAAGUCAUACCCCAAGAUGCAUCGACGUUUCAGUUUCGGAGCAAAUAGCACGUUCAAGAUUUUGGUGGCGCCGUUGAAGGAAAUUGGAAUGUCAGCACACCCUAGUAUUUCCAGAUCUUCCCCGGAAGCGGUCUUUAAAUUGAUCGAGGUACCGAAUCUACGUUUGCGGCGAGCAUUGCUGUUUUGCAGUCUUCCCUGGUGUUCCGGAACAGGACUUGGAAUUUGCGACUAUCAUCCCAUUGUGUUGACAUUCCCCGGAAAAUGCGGACCAUAUCCAGAUUUUAGCAGUUCACGCAAUCUGCGUUCCUGCUUAGUACGGGAUUGAUCGGACAUGAUGACGUCACGCACACGCAAUUCGUGGUCAAGUUCAACGCUUGACAAAUGAGCAGGGUUUAGCGCGAAAUACUGCGCUCUUAGAUGUUCUUCCAUAUUGGCCGGUAAAAGUAUUUUUUUUUAAUUAACUU